ACCGCCAACUGACUGACCAAGCACCACCGAGUCAUCGUCAGUCCUCACCCAUCCCUUCCUUUUGAGUCGCAGCAGGGCGGCACGGCACUUCCUCUGCUGCUCGCCGAGGCGACGAUGAGCGGAGGCCUGAGCGCGCCGGACUCCCGCGUGGAGGUCAUCUCCCGCCUGGCGCAGUGGCGCAUCGACACCUUCGGCCCCUGCUCCUACCGCCGCUCCGACCCCUUCAAGCUCGGCAUCUGGAACUGGUACCUGUCGGUGGAGAAGAGCCGGUCCAUAUACGUGCGGCUCUUCCCGGAACCCGGUCGGAUUGCCAAGGAGCAGCCACCGCUCGUGCGCUUCGUGCUCCGUGCCUCCUGGGCCGGCCCGCCACGGCGCUCCUGCGUCUCUCCCGUGCUCGAGCAUCUUCUCCGAACCAGCGAUGACUUUGCCUGGCAAGUUGAUGUGAUGUCCCAUGGGCGUUUUACAGUGGAUGUUGAGUUUUUGGACCUGAGGAUAGGCACUAACAAUGCUACUGAAUUGUCAUCAUCAAUUUGGCCGAAUGAUGGCAUGGUGCAGAACAUUGCUAGUAAGAGCACUCUUGGGUGUCUUUCCCGCAUGCUCACGGAGUCUAUCCAUGCUGACGUGACCAUCAACACAACAGAUGGUGUCCUCAAGGCCCACAAGGCUAUCCUCACAGCAUGUUCUCCCGUCUUUGAGAGCAUGUUCCUGCAUGAUCUCAAGGAAAAGGAGUCGUCCACGAUCAACAUCAACGACAUGUGCCUCGAAUCUUGCUCAGCGUUGCUUGGUUUCAUUUACGGGACCAUAAAGCAGGAGCAGUUCUGGAAGCACCGCCUUUCACUGCUCGCUGCAGCGAAUAAGUAUGGCAUCAGUGACAUCAAGGAUUGCUGUGAGGAGAGCCUGCUGCAGGAUAUAAACUCUACCAACGUCCUUGAGAGGCUUCACGUGGCGUGGCUGUACCAGCUCGAGAGGCUGAAGAAAGGGUGCCUGACCUACUUGUUUGUGUUUGGGAAGAUAUACGAUGUGAAAGAUGAGAUCCAUAGCUUCUUCCACCAUGCCGAUCGUGAGCUGAUGCUGGAGAUGUUCCAAGAGGUCCUGAGUGUUUGGAAGCCGAUAUGAGCCCCACCCGGCCAUCUGGGAAAGCGUCAGUGCAGCAUUGUGCUUCCAACGCUUUCCUUGUGAGUUGUACAUCAGUACUUAAAGCUUGUUCAGUUGCAAGGUGUAGAGCAAUGUGGUGGUUGUGUAAAUAGUGUACAAAUCUGAAAAGCUUGCGACGAAUUCCAAGGGCAGCUAUCAAGCAUGGAGUCCUGUGUGUCCUUAAUUCUUAAUGCAGCCUGCUUGCUGUGCAGUUUGUAUGUGAUAUUCCUUGUUGCAGGCAGCUUAUGGCUCAUAUAUAGGCUCUGAACUCUGGUUCAAAGCACGUGAUUAUGUUUGUUGGAACGCAAUUUUUUUGGCGUGGUACAUAUGAUCUAGAUGGAUGCUAUUUAGUU